GGUACGGAAAUCCAGAGGUGGACGGCCGCUGGAUACACUGGAACCACAAGGUGUUGCCGCACUGGGACAAGCGCGUGGACGCACAGCACGAGAAGUUCGACUGGCGGCCUCCCGAAGAGCCGCAUUCCCCCUUCAUGCCGGAGCGCGGCCCUUACAGUUGCAGCGACAGCGCCACAUUGCACGCGCAGUUCCGUGAGCUUGCAAGCGCCGGAGUUGACUCUGCGAUGUGCAGCUGGUGGGGCAAGAAGGAUUUCGAUGGCAAGCGCGACGACGCAGACUCGGGCGCCAACACGGAUGUGCUCAUUCCGAAGGUUUUGGAGGCAGCGCAGGCGGCGGGCGUCGGCAUCAGUUUCCAUAUCGAACCGUACGGCGGGCGCACUCCAGAUACCUUCCUGGAGGAUUUGCGGUACAUCCACCAGGAGUAUGGCCCACACCCGGGAGUGUGGCGCGACCCAGCGCGGGGCUUACCCUUGUUCUGGCUCUACGACGUGUCAGUGCAGCAUUCGAAGAAGGACGCGAAGGCCUGGCGAAGAGUGCUGGACUCUGUGAGGGGCACACCCCUCGACGGCGUCUUCAUGUGUCUGUGGAUCGGCGAGCGGCAGGGCGCCGACGACGCCAGCUUCGUGGUCGAGGCG